AUGGAGGCACUGAGGCUGCCCCGGCGUCCAGGGGUCUUGCUUCCGAAGUUGGUCCUGCUCUUUGUCUAUGCAGAGGAUUGCCUUGCUCAGUGUGGCAAAGACUGCCGAUCUUACUGCUGCGAUGGAAGUACCCCGUACUGUUGCUCCUACUAUGCCUACAUUGGGAAUGUCUUCUCGGGCACUGCAAUUGCUGGCAUCGUGUUUGGAAUUGUGUUCAUCAUGGGGGUCAUUGCAGGGAUUGCCAUAUGCAUCUGCAUGUGCAUGAAGAAUAACCGGGGGACCCGGGUGGGUGUCAUCAGAGCAGCCCACAUCAACGCCAUCUCCUCUUACCCGGUGGCACCACCCCCAUAUACUUACGACCACGAGAUGGAAUAUUGUGCAGACUUGCCUCCACCGUACUCUCCAACCCCACAAGCUACAGCCCAGCGUUCCCCACCCCCUCCUUAUCCUGGAAAUUCAAGGAAACAGUCCGCCUCCCACAACAGAAUAUGUGCCAAUUAG